AUGCUUUUAAGGAGAGGCUUGAGAUUGGCUAAUUGCGUUCCGAAGUACUCUUUCAAAAGGAGUUAUACCCCUCUCAACUACGAUUCUCUAAAGAAUUAUCGUAGGCAUGCUCAGGCGCCUCAACCCCAUCAGUUUGACGCCACUAGAUGGGACCAACAACCAGUUACUAAUGAGCAAGGAGUAAUACUCCCAUCCGACUCAAUUGCAAACAUUCUGAGACAACCAACUCUGGUCAUAGAACGGCAAAUGGAAAUGAUGAAUAUAUUUUUAGGAUUUGAGCAGGCGAACCGAUAUGUUAUCAUGGAUCCUACAGGAAGUAUUUUGGGUUACAUGCUAGAAAGGGAUCUGGGCAUCACCAAAGCUAUAUUGAGACAGAUCUACCGUUUGCAUCGACCUUUUACAGUGGAUGUAAUGGAUACUGCAGGAAAUGUAUUAAUGACAAUCAAGAGGCCGUUUAGUUUCAUCAAUUCGCACAUCAAAGCUAUAUUACCCCCUUUCAGGAACAGCGACCCAGACGAACAUGUAAUUGGAGAAUCCGUUCAAAGCUGGCAUCCUUGGAGACGAAGAUACAAUCUAUUUACAGCACAAAUUGGCGAAAAGGACACUGUCUACGAUCAGUUCGGGUACAUUGACGCACCGUUUCUUUCCUUUGAGUUUCCUGUACUUUCAGAAUCUAGGCAAACGCUAGGUGCUGUCUCUAGAAACUUCGUGGGCUUUGCAAGAGAGCUUUUCACAGAUACAGGAGUUUACAUCAUCCGUAUGGGGCCUGAAUCUUUUGUAGGGCUAGAAGGGAACUACGGGAACAAUGUGGCCCAACAUGCCCUUACGCUGGACCAAAGGGCUGUAUUAUUAGCCAAUGCCGUUUCAAUUGACUUUGAUUACUUUUCUAGGCACUCGUCACACAGUGGUGGCUUCAUUGGGUUUGAGGAAUAG